GGCGACCCCGGCGAACCCGGAACUCCAGGAAUCCAGGGAGAACCGGGAAUCAAGGGCCCGCGCGGGGACCGGGGGGAAAAGGGAGAAUCCGGAGCCGCCGGAGCCGCCGGACCCCCGGGCGGGAAAGGCCCCCCCGGCGACGACGGCCCCAAAGGAAACCCCGGCCCCGUGGGAUUCCCCGGAGAUCCCGGCCCCCCCGGAGAGAUGGGCCCCAGGGGCCAGGACGGAGCCAAGGGCGAGCGCGGCGAGGAUGGAGAGCCCGGAGAGCCGGGUCCGGCCGGAUCUCGAGGUCCCGAAGGGCGCCAGGGCGGGAAGGGAGCCAAG